CGUUGCUGGGGUUGGUACUGGCGACGCUGUUGUAUUGCUCAAGUUGUUUUGUUGUUGGCGUAGUCUUCGAGUUUGAAAUUUUCGAAUUGGAUUGCGAGAGAGGUGUUAUCGUUGUUUUCCUCUAACCGUGAAGAAGAAGGGGGGAAGAAAAAGUGCGUUGUUUUCGUUGCCGCAGCAGUAGUAGCCAAGGCCAAAUUUUCCUAUAAAUCGGUGCCGCGUCUCUGGCACCGCUGCGCCGACCGACGCAGAGGACGUCCUCGUCCCACCCGAAAGGAUCGAGGCUCAGGACAAGGACAGAAGCGGUCCGUGUUUAUGAUCGCACCGUAACAACCGGCAGUAUCAGAGAGCGAGCAGCAUCGAGGAGAGGACAGCAACGAGAGACAGCUGAUUGCGAGAGCUCCGAAGAUGGCGUGUUCCAUUGAUAACUUGGACAUCGAGGAGGAGUUCUCUGGCGAUGAAUUGGAGAAGGACGAAGAGGUCAAAGAUGUUGUUAUGACUGGACCAGCUGAUUUGAGUGCAUGCAAGAGGAAGUCGAAGAAGAUCAGCAGGCAGAACAGCAAGGAGAAUGUGGUUGCGACCACCGGGUUCGUUCACGGACCGAGGAGUUGGAAGAACAGCCGCAGGUCGAGAAACGGCUUCGGCAGGGGAUUGCCGAAGAAACGCGGUGGCGGUGGUAAGGGCGUCUGGGGUCUUCCUGGCUCCGAGAUGAUGGAGGCAUACGAGGACAUCAACGAUCCCAACUACGACAAUGAGAACCUCAGCAACGGGGAUAUCGAGCUGAAGGCUGUGAUCCCGGAGAUCUCGCUGGAGGACAUCAAGAAGAAGUGCGCACCUAUCGUACUCGAGUACUUCGAGAAUGGCGACACGCACGAGGCGGCUAUCUCCUUCGAGGACAACAUACCGCACAACGUACGCGAUCUUCUCGUGCAGUACGUGAUUGAGGUGGCGAUGGAUCACAAACCCUCGCACAGGGAAAUGACAUCCGUGCUGAUCUCCGAUCUGUACGGCCACAUCUUCACCGAGUCCGACAUAACGAAGGGAUUCGAGAACCUCUUGGCCAAUCUGACCGACCUGAUCAUCGACAUUCCAGACGCCUCGACUGUGCUGGGCAACUUUAUGGCUCGCGCCAUCGCCGACGACUGCAUCCCGCCCAAGUUUCUCAAGAUCAUGAAGGACAAAUCCGAUAGUCAGCCGUUCCUGGACGCCAUCGACCGGGCUGACACACUCUUCUCCAUGAAGCACGGCCUCGUGCGGUUGCACAAUGUGUGGGGCGUGGGCGGUGCCCUUCGUCCCGUCAAGUACCUGACCAGACAGAUGUCACUACUCUUACAGGAGUACAUGUCUUCCGGGGAUAUCGCGGAGGCGAUCCGAUGCGUUCGAUCACUGGAGGUGCCGCACUUCCAUCACGAGUUAGUCUACGAAGCUAUAGUUAUGGCCCUCGAGGCUAACUCGGCUGUUAGGGAGGAGGCUCUGUGCUGCCUCCUGAAAGCCCUCUCCGACGCAAUCAUAGUCACACCAGAUCAAAUGGAGCAUGGGUUCUUCCGCGUCUACGACGACCUCUCCGAUAUUUCCAUGGACGUUCCGCUAGCAUACAUUAUCCUCGAUCGAUUCGUCGAACGCUGCUUCAAGCAGGGCUUCCUCACCGAGGAUAUCAUGAAGAAGCUACCAUCCAGAGGUCGCAAACGCUUUGUCUCCGAAGGAGACCAACAAUUCAUUAAGAACCACAGGAUUUCUUAAGUAUUAAAUACUUAUACUUACAUAUAUAUAUACGUUAUGAUAUAAUCGUCACUUGUUUUUUUCAAAACAACAAAAAAAA